AUGGAAAGUAUACUUGAACAACAACGCAAAGCACAUGAAGAAAUUGAAAGACUGGAGCAAGCGAUCGUCGAUCAGUUUAUGAAAGAUCCUAAAUCACAUAAAGAGCGCCUCACUCGAGAACAUCGAGUCAGUGAUUUUUUAGACAGGAUAAGUUCACGAAGUAAAUUUUUAUAUGAGUUAUACGAAGAUUCAGACGGUGCAAGAAAAAAUGAAAUUGACGCGCUAUCUGGAACUUCGGAAUUUAGCGAAUUCUAUGGUCGCUUAAAAGCUAUCAAAGAUUAUCAUCGUCGAUAUCCCAACGAGACGGUUGAACCAUUAGAAUUAGAAUUUAUCAAUCAAGCAAAGGAAAAUGGAGAAGAUGAUCUCGAUAAAUUGUUUUCUGGAGAGGAAGGAAGCGGUCGAUUUUUAGAUUUGCACGCACUUCAUGAGCAAUAUGUGAAUUUAAAGAAUAUUAAAAAAUUAGAAUAUCUUACAUAUUUAGGAGAAUUUGAUCAUUUCUCAGAUUAUUCUAAAGAAAACAAACAUGGGGAAUAUGUAAAAUAUUUAGCAGAUCUUCGUAAUUAUCUUGAAAGUUUCUUUAGGAGAGUGAAACCUCUUUCAAAUCUUGAAGAUAUCAGGCGGGAAACGGAGAACGAAUUUAAUACACUUUGGGUGCAAGGAAAAGUUUCAGGCAAAAAAAGCUAUUCUAAGGAAACUGUCUAUGAUGCUCAUCUCAAAAGUAAAAAACAUUUAAAAGCUGCCAAUGAGAUGAUAAAAAAAGAUCGAGAAAUCGCGUUUUUGGAAGCAUUAAUUCAAAAAUACGCACAAGUUCUAGGUUCACAGAGAGAGGACACUAAAGCUAAUGUUGAAAGGAAACGUGCAUUGACUGAUCGAGAGCGACGAAUGGAAUUAGAAACCGAGGAAGUAGAUGAUGUAGAGACCGAAUCGGAAGACGAGGAUAAAAUUUAUAAUCCUCUCAAAUUACCACUUGGAUGGGAUGGUAAACCCAUUCCAUAUUGGCUAUAUAAGUUACACGGGCUCGGAGUUGAAUAUCCUUGUGAAAUUUGCGGGAAUUACGUUUAUAUGGGGCGAAAGGCAUUUGAUCGGCAUUUCCAGGAAUGGCGACAUGCUCAUGGAAUGCGAUGUCUAGGUAUACCGAAUACUCGGCAUUUUCAUGAGAUAACUCUAAUUGAAGAUGCUUAUGCUUUAUGGGAGAAGCUUAAAAGUACAAGCAAAACCGAUGAUUUUAAAGCAGAUACAAUGGAAGAGUUUGAAGAUGUCGAAGGAAAUCCCAUUCGAUCUUCAUAUGAUCAGCAAAAAAUUUUGACUAAUUGA